AUGAGUGACAACUCGGAAAAGAAUCUUCUUCAAAUACUGAGAGGAGGUGAGGAAGAGAAUGAAGAGUUUCUCUGGGAUGUGAUGAGAGAUCGCAAGUGUUUCACAUACUUGAGCGAAGAGGUUGGAGAUUUCCCUCCACUUCUCGGAAACAUAAGCCUCAACGUGGAACAUGACCUGCGACCGUUCUAUAAGUACAGUAAACAGAACAACAAAAGUCACUGCACUUCCGAUGGACGAGUUGCAUCCCAUGAGCACAUCGAAUAUUGGAAGAAUACAAUUCGUAAUGCGAAGAGGUACUGUCAUUUCUCCAUGCACUACAUGAGAACGUACAGCAGGAAUGGCUCUGAGUACCUACCUCACCUAGACACCGAACUACGGUUAGUAGUGUUCAAUAUCGUUUUUCAACAUCGUUUCCGUUUUUAA